UUCGAGGAAGGAGAACAUUUUCACAAAAAGAAGUCCGCCUCAAAUUUAUAGCCCAGCAAAAUGUCGGCUGCAACAACCUUCCCAAACAACUUCCUCUUACCUGUACAUUCGUUGUCAUCGACAAUCCUUUCCACCAACAUUUCCGUUUCCUUUCCUCCUAAGAUUAUAUUCCAUGUUACACACUAUGUAUAAUUAUAAAUACCCCAUAUCUAGUCAGCCUUUCUCUAUUCAAUUCCCACAAUAUUCCAUUUGAAAUUCCUCACAAUGGCAGCACAAAAUGGGAUUGUGUUCGAGGAUUUUUUCCCUGCUAUGAUGGAGAAAUUAGGUGCUGAAGGGUUCAUGAAGGAGCUGUGCAAUGGGUUUCGGUUGUUGAUGGAUGGAGACAAAGGAAUUAUCACUUUUGAGAGCUUGAAGAGGAACUUGGUUUUGCUUGGAUUGCAAGAUAUGAGCGAUGAAGAAGUGGUUUGCAUGUUGAGAGAAGGGGAUUUGAAUGGAGAUGGUGCUUUGGAUGAGAUGGAAUUUUGUACUUUAAUGUUCAGGUUGAGUCCUGCUUUGAUGAAAAGCUCAAGAAAAUUGUUGGUAGAAGCUUUGGUUAACGAAAUGUAAUCCUUAAUUUGUUUGCAUUUAGCCAAAAAAAUAUAUUGUAGGUGGUGCUGUUGUUCUAGGGCAGUCUGUGAUCAAUAUCGGGAAAAAAUUUAGCUUCCCUCUCAAUUUUUUUUCCAUUUCAGUAAUUUCUUUUCCCUGAUACGAUUAAGAGAUUAUAUAUCCCACUAACAAAUAAAGAAGGGCAAACGAAUUUAAAUUUGAGAAAAUAAAUCUUCAAAAUCUUUGGCUUGCCAAAUCAGAGAUUGUGUUCUUGUAAAGGCAACAAAUUAGUGAAGAAAUUGAUGCGAACUGGUUGACUAUGGCAUUCUUUCCAUUGGUUUUAC